AUGUCCUUCGAAGGUUACGGCCAGUUCCCGAACGCCCAACAAGAGGGUGUCCCGGGUCAGGGUCCUCCGCCUCAGGAUGGAGCUGCCCCAGGUCAGCCAAACGAUCCCUCCGGCCAACAGCAGAUGCCAUGUCAAGCUCCCAACGUGAGUGGCACUCCUCAGUCUGGUCCUGGGGGUGAGGGCAAGACCACUCUUUGGAUGGGUGAACUAGAGCCAUGGGUUGACGAGAACUUCAUCCGCAAUCUUUGGUUCCAAAUGGGUGAGCAGGUCAGUGUCAAGAUGAUUCGCGACAAAUUCUCAGGCAGCAACGCGGGCUAUUGCUUCGUCGAUUUUUCCUCCCCACAAGCCGCUGGCAAGGCUCUUCAACUCAGUGGUCAACCGAUGCCAAACUCCAACCGCCCUUUCAAGCUCAACUGGGCAUCUGGUGGUGGUCUGGCAGAUCGACGUGACGACCGCGGUCCAGAGUACUCCAUCUUCGUUGGUGACCUUGGUCCAGAAGUCAACGAGUACGUCCUUGUGUCACUCUUCCAGAGCCGUUUCCCAUCAUGCAAGUCGGCAAAGAUCAUGACCGACCCGCUUUCUGGCAUGUCUCGUGGCUACGGUUUCGUCCGCUUCUCCGAUGAGAGCGACCAGCAACGAGCUUUGACCGAGAUGCAAGGCGUUUACUGCGGCAACCGUCCCAUGCGUAUCUCAACUGCCACCCCAAAGAACAAGGGAGGGCCGAUGGGAGGUGGCGGCGGAGGAGGUGCUGGUAUGGGGAUGCCUGGUGCCGGCCCAAUGGGCUAUCCACCUAUGGGAGGACCACCGAUGCAGCCAUACUACGGCGGCCAGCAGCAGUCAAUUCAACCCAUGAACCAAUUCACCGAUCCCAACAACACCACCGUCUUCGUUGGUGGCUUGUCUGGCUACGUCACUGAGGACGAGCUCCGCUCUUUCUUCCAGGGCUUCGGAGAGAUCACAUACGUCAAGAUUCCACCUGGCAAGGGCUGUGGCUUCGUUCAGUUCGUCCAACGUCAUGCUGCAGAGAUGGCUAUCAACCAGAUGCAAGGAUACCCCAUUGGCAACUCGCGCGUUCGUCUCAGCUGGGGCCGAAGCCAGAACAACUCGGGUCCUGCCGGUACUCCAUAUCGUCCUGCACCACCACCACCGAUCUAUCCCUCCAUGGGCAUGCCUCCUGCUCACUCAUACGGCAAUUAUGCGCCGAUGAAGUGA